ACUCUAAGCGUCGGUCAUAGGGCGUGGGCGUGAACUUGAGUCUGUGUACGUGUGUGUUUUUCUUUCUCUUUCUUUUUUAAAACAAAAAAAAGUAAGAUUAUGGUACAACCCAGAGCCAAUGACGAAAAAAGCAGUACAACAGAUUUUGUACUUUUGCAGUUACAUCGAUCAAGCAGUGAAAUUAUAUAUAAAACAUUUGGAUUGUAUUCUACAGAAGAAGAAGCCUAUGCAGCAGCAACCAUAAAACAGAUGCAAUCUAUUGAAGAAAGUAGUAAAAAAUGGCCAAAGAGCGUGAUAGAAGAACAUUGGCAGGAAAUCCAAAGUUUAUACAAGCAUAUCAAAGAAGAACUAUCUAGCUUUAAAGAUCGAUUCAACCAUCUACUCACUCUAAAGUUAUUUCAAGAGCAAUGUCCCGUUUCAUACAAAGUGUUGCCCCUUCGCACCAAUGCAUCCGACUCCAAAACACUACUGAAUGAAUCCAUAUUCAAGACAAAGGCGCGUAAUUUAAUAGAUGCUCUUCAACCCAAAAUUGAUGAAGAGGUGGAUUUAGAUAACAGUGAUGAUGAUGACGACGAGGAAGAAGAAGAGGAAGAGGAAGAUGAGGUGGAAGAAGAGGAGGAGGAAGAAGUUCUAGAUGAAAGCAAUAAUGAGGAGGAAGAUAGUGGCGAAGAAUCAGAUGAAAAUGAAGGCGAAGUGGCAGCCGAUGAAGACGAUGAAGAGGACAUUGAAGACACAGAAAGUGAAGAGGAAGAUGACGAUGAAGAAAAUGCCCAAAAUGAAAAUACAAUACCUGAGACAGAAGAAGAGGACCAAAUGAACGGAGAAGAGGGUAGUGAUGAUGACGAAGAAGAGCAGUCUAAUCGAAGCAUAAAGAGAUCAAGAACAGAGGCAGAAGAUGAGGAAGAAGAUGAAAUAGAUGAGGAUGAACUAGUAGAUGAUGAAGAUGAGCCAUCAAGUAGAAGGCGAAGACUUGCUUAAUAAUAAAUACUUGAUGUAUACGUUUUAUGAUACCUUUUCCUCCAUGCAUUUGUCGCGUCUUUUCGAUCUGCAAAAUAGCUUCAAAAACAAAAUCGCAUUAUGUUAAUACUAAAGUCACAUGCUGACAAAUUUGAUAGCCAUGUUUGCAGGAUAAAUGAAUUUGCCUUCUAUAUCAAUAUAGACCAGUAAAAUAAAAGAGGACCUUCUGUUUGAUGACUGACAAAAAGACUAGCACUUGUAAACUCUGC